AUGUCAGAGGAUAAAUUUACAUUUAUGAAAGAUAUUUGGCAACACAUUCCAAGACCCAAGUCAUCCGACAAUACUGAAGCUACAUUGCAACAAAAUGAAGGGGAAGGCACCAUCGAAGAUGAGGUUCAUGCGGAUACGUCAGCAGUUAUUUUAGGUCAUGACUAUCAAGGAGAUAGUAUAGCAGAUAAGAUAAAGAGCUUGAUUUGGUUGAGUUACAGGACAGGCUUCCAACCAAUUGCUAAGCAUGAAGACGGACCUUAUCCUUUGCAGUUCAUAUCAUCGAUGGUAUUCAAUAGGAAUCCUUUCCUGGCCCAAUUUCUGAGUUUCAUCAAUAAUGAUUUCUUCACUACUGACGUUGGCUGGGGUUGUAUGAUACGUACAUCACAAAGUUUGUUGGCAAAUGCUUUGGUAAAAUUUGGUAAUGAAGAAGAGGAGGUGAUCAAGUUAUUCAAAGACGAUGAAUCUGCAACUUAUUCACUUCACAAUUUUAUAAAAGUAGCUAACGAGUCUCCUUUGCACGUCAGGCCCGGUCAAUGGUUUGGUCCAAAUGCAGCAUCGUUAUCCAUACAAAGGUUGUGUAGAGGUGAAUUGAAUGUUAUAAUAAGUGAAAGCUCAGACUUAUACGACGAUCAAAUUAAAUCAAUGAAAGGCAACUUACUUGUAUUGUUGCCUAUUCGUUUGGGAAUCGACAAGAUCAAUUCUAUUUAUCACGAUUCUAUCUUGCAGUUAUUGAAUUUGCCUCAGUCCAUUGGAAUUGCAGGAGGAAGACCAUCCUCAAGCUUCUAUUUUGUGGGAUUCGACAAUAUUAAUAAGGACCUUCUCUACUUAGAUCCUCAUUAUCCUCAGCAAUGUGCCGAGGAUGGGAUUAAAGAAUCCUUUUACACUAAAAACUAUCAAAGACUCAAAAUCGAUGACUUAGAUCCUUCCAUGAUGGUUGGUUUGGUGAUCAAAAAUUGGGAAGAUUACGAAAAUCUCAAGGAAAGAUUGAAAGGAACUAAAAUAGUUCAUUUCCAAUCGAAGGAGAGCACCUUCAAAGACAUUGCUGAUGUUGAGUCUAUAGCUGAUGACGAAUUGGAUGAUCAUUUGGGCCAUACUCAAAAAAACGAUAAAGAAGAUAACGACUUCGUAUCUAUAGAUCAUAAUAUAGAAAAUGAAGACGUCGUAGAAAUAGAAAACAGCAAGAUCGAUUCUUCUUAUGACUUGAUUAAAUAA